CGCCACAAUGUGCAGGACUACUAGUGCCCAGUGUGGCUGCUACAUCGACCCUAGGCCUGUCACCCAUAGUUGUAAUUUCUGUAUGCUCGUUGCAACAAAUGCUCCUUGUGUAACCAACAAUCGUCACCAAGGAUGACUAGACUAACACACGGUAUUUUCUCUACCAAUGUUUUGGUAUGCCUCACCCGGGCCCCCGUGGCAGUUGUCGGAGACAGACAUUGUUUCAUGUUUAUUGUUGUCACAACGUACGUAGUACCUUUACGGUCUGCUACCAUUUGCGUCAAGGACCAGUUGUUUCCAAUUACUGGACCACCCGCAGUUGGUCUUACGUUGCGUUACACUUACGUUCAUUGUGUCACGGUCUAUGUUGUUGAAUGACGACUGGCGCUUCAUGACACG